AAAAAGGUGGAAGCUAAAUUAAGGUAAAAGCAAAAAUAAAACUAAAUUGAGGACAAAUUGAAAGUUGGAUAAGACAAUCAAAAUUUAACAAGGAAACAAGGUUACAGCCUCGCUUCAAUAUCGACAGGAUAUCCUAACAAGAAUCAAGUCCAUCAGGGACCGACAAACAAUUAGUAUAUUACUGUCAUUAUUAUAGCAAUCACAAUAGUAGCAAUAAUUUUUUUUGUUGUCAGUUCAACUUUUUUCUUACUUCAAUUGUACGACAUUUUGUUUUCAACAUUUUUCUUUUACAUUUCUUGCAAGAACCAAAAUACCGUAUUAACCUCGAUGGUCCUUUAGUUCAUGGACAUCGGUACACUAAUCAUUUAGCCUGUUACCUUUAUCAGUACGCUUCCAUUAAAAUCAUUAAUACUAACAAAGCGUGAAACUUUCACGUAGUUUAGUUGCUCAACCGCUUAUUUACAGUUCAACUUUACUUUUACUGAGUUGAUUUAGUUCGCCAUCAUACAUCAACUUUACUGCUCUGAUUCAGUUGUAUUUUGAUUAACUUGUAAGUUGAUGACAAAAAUUGCUUUUCCAAUUCUUACAUUACUGUUGAUUCGUUUCUAAAAACAUUUUUGUCUUGUUUUAACCAUGGCCAGUCAAUUAAUGAUCAAUUAGUUGGUAUACAAUAACCACUAAGGAUAUUAUCAAGUGUUUGUGUCUUCAUAGUUGGGAAUCUCAAAUUGAAUCAUGAAUGAUUAUCCAUCAUUACAAUCACUCACAAUUAACAAAAUCUCGGUUUUGGUAACUGGAUCAAGUGGAUUUCUAGGACAACACAUAAUCAAAUUACUUCAAGAGCAAGAUGAUUCAGUUUCAUCGAUCGUCUGCUUCGACAAAAGACCUUAUCGCAAUAAUUUGGGCCACAAGAUGGAUAAACCAAUGAAAUAUAUAACUGGAGACAUAAGGGAUGAAAAAGUUGUCACAACGGCAAUGGAAGGCGUUGAUUGCAUCAUUCACUGUGCUGCUGAAACAUCCAUUGAUUUGAAGGCGGAUGAAAAAACACUUUACUCGGUAAAUGUUGAAGGUACCGAAAAUUUACUUAACUGUGCUGUUGAAUCAAAUAUCAGAUACUUUGUUUACGUAUCAACAGCGGAUGUUAUUUGUGGACCUGAUCCAAUCUAUUAUGGUGCCGAAAAUACUUGUAUGGUUCCUAAGAAACCUGUGCUUGGACCUUAUGCCAGCAGCAAAUAUGAAGCUGAGCUAAGAGUUGUCAAAGGAAAUGGAUUAAGCUUGCGGAAUGGCAUUGGUCGUUUAUCAACAGUUAUUUUGCGUCCAACUCUUUUGUAUGGAGAGGAAGAUCCAUUCUUUGUCAGUCAAAUAAUCAAGCUUGCUAAAACAUCACCUAACAACUGUUUACCUCGAGUUGACAAUGUAUUUACGCGGGCCCAAGUGACUUAUGUGGGGAAUGCAGCCUGGGCUUGCUUGAAAGCUAAAGAUCGUCUUCGUUUGGACCCAGGAAUCGGUGGUGAAGAGUUCAUUAUCACAGAUGAUACGCCAGUUCAAGAUCCUUUUGAUUUUGUCAAGCCCUACCUCGAUCAAGUCAAUUGUCGUGUUUCUGAUCGUCCAUUACCUUAUUGGAUUUUAAUAAUUUUUCUUGAACUGGUUCUAUUCCUGGUUAUUCUGGUUCGUCCAUUGUAUGCCAUUGAUUUACCAGAGAAAUAUAAUCCUCGUCGAGUUCGGUAUCUUUGUACAACCUUCUUCUUCAAUCGUAACAAAUCAACUUUACGUCUCAGCUACGCACCAUUUUACACUCCAGAUGACAGUAAAAAACGCUCAUUGCAAUACUACUCUAAAUUGUAAACAUUUUACAGAGUUAAAGUAAAUUUACAUUUAUUUCAAUACUUCUUCAAUCAUUUGCCAACAAUUCAACUAAUUUCAAUCAACAAAAUUAUUCUUCGUUUUAUUUUUUGAUGUAUUUCUCAGAUUGGAUAUCUUUUGAUAAAAUUGAUGCUGCUGUAUCGCAAAAUGAAUUAAAAAAUUCCUCUAAUUGUAAUAACUCUCUAAUAAUUGUGGCUGCCAAAAGGGCAGUGCAAAUUUUGAUUUUAAUUUCAAGGUCGCAAUAAUAUUCAAUACAAUUUAUUCAAUUCA